AGCAGGAUCGACUCGAACGAGCUCACUCCACUCCACUCCAAGUUCCCGCUGCACCUGCCCGACACACGCCCAGAACUCAUCACGAUGCCUCAGGCGAACAAGUUAGUGAGCAUCGGCGGGGCACCUGGCCAGGUGUCUGUCCCCGAGCAGGGGGAGCCCCCGCCUCUACUGGAUGCCAGGGUGGCCUCUGGAGACGUAGGAGCCGGAGAAGCCGGAGGAGACGGAGGAGCCGGAGGAGCCGGGACCUGCGACCAGGGAGACCCGGAGAUCCACAAAUCACCCAGUGACCCCAAGAAGUACAGAUAUAUUGAGCUGAGCAACGGUCUCCGAGCCCUCCUCAUCUCCGACUUAAACAGCGCUGAUGGGAGCAGAGUCGGUGAGAAUGAACAGGAAGAAGAGGAGGAAGAGGUGAGGCAGGAAGGGGAAGAAGAGGAGGAAGACAGUGACUCUGGUGAAGGCUCCCAGGAGGAAGAGGGGGACAAUGAGGAUGAAGAUCCUGACAGCGACUUUAGCGAGCUGGAUGAGGACAACGCAACAAAGAAGAAGAAGAGCUCUGAAAAACAGGCCGCUGCCGCUCUCUGCAUUGGUGUGGGAAGCUUCAGCGACCCCGAGGAGCUGCCCGGCCUCGCCCACUUCCUGGAGCACAUGGUGUUCAUGGGCAGUGAAAAAUACCCGGCAGAAAAUGGCUUUGAUGCCUUCCUGAAGAAACAUGGCGGAAGUGAUAACGCCUCUACCGACUGUGAGAGGACCAUCUUCCAGUUCGAUGUUCAGAGGAAGUACUUCAGAGAGGCACUUGACAGGUGGGCUCAGUUCUUCAUCUGUCCCCUAAUGAUUGAGGAUGCCGUGGACAGAGAGGUGGAGGCCGUGGAUAGCGAGUUCCAGUUAGCGAGACCGUCGGACUCCCAUCGGAAGGAGAUGCUGUUUGGGAGUCUGGCCAAACCGGGACACCCGAUGGGCAAAUUCUACUGGGGUAACGCCCAGACACUGAAACAGGAGCCCAAACUGAAACAGAUCAACACCUACGAGAGGCUGCGGGACUUCUGGAGGAGACACUACUCCGCUCAUUACAUGACGCUGGUCGUCCAGUCCAGAGAGACGCUGGACACUCUGGAGGAGUGGGUGAGGGAGAUCUUCACCAAGGUGCCCAACAACAGCGAACCUCGACCGGACUUCUCUCUCCUGCAGCAGCCGUUCGACACGCCGGCCUUCAACAAGCUCUACAGAGUGGUUCCUGUGAGGAAGGUUCACGCUCUGACCAUCAGCUGGGCCGUCCCUCCUCAGGGAAAACACUACAGAGUGAAGCCUCUUCAUUACAUAUCCUGGCUGAUUGGACACGAGGGAGCCGGGAGCAUCUUGUCUCUGCUCAGGAAGAAGUGCUGGGCUCUGGCUCUGUUUGGAGGAAACAGUGAGACGGGCUUCGACCAGAACUCCACCUACUCCAUCUUCUCCAUCUCCAUCACCCUCACAGACCAGGGCUUCCAGAAUGUUUACCAGGUGAUCCACCUGGUGUUCCAGUACCUGAAGAUGCUGCAGACUCUGGGCCCCCAGCAGAGGAUCUACGAGGAAAUUCAGAAGAUCGAAGCAAAUGAGUUCCACUACCAGGAGCAGGUGGAUCCCAUCGAGUUUGUGGAGAACAUCUGUGAGAACAUGCAGCUGUUCCCCAAACAGGACUUCCUGACCGGAGACCAGCUCAUGUUUGAGUACGACCCGCAGGUGAUCGGGUCGGUCCUGAAGCUGCUGACGCCCUGCAGAGCCAACCUGCUGCUGCUGUCUCCAGAGAACCAAGGCCUCUGCCCGCUCACAGAGACCUGGUUCGGUACCCGCUACAGCUGCGACGACAUCCCAGAGGAGUGGCUGGAACGCUGGACUGGAGAGGUGGAGAUGAACUCGGAACUCCACCUGCCGGCUGAGAACAAAUUCAUCGCGACGGAUUUUGCCCUUAAAGCACCCGACUGUCCGGACACAGAGUUUCCUGUCAAGAUAGUGAACGACCAGCGCGGCUGUCUGUGGUACAAGAAGGACAACAAGUUCAAGAUCCCCAAAGCCUACAUCCGCUUCCACCUGGUCUCCCCGUUGAUCCAGAAGAGUCCAGAGAAUCUGGUUCUCUUCGACGUCUUCGUCAACGUUCUGGCCCACAACCUGGCAGAACCAGCCUACGAGGCCGACGUGGCCCAACUGGAGUACAAGCUGGUGGCUGGAGAGCACGGACUGGUGAUCCGGCUGAAGGGCUUCAACCACAAGCUGCCGCUGCUGCUGAAGCUGAUCGUGGAGCACCUGGCAGACUUCAGCACUGAGCCGGCCGUCUUCAACAUGUUCGCGGAGCAGCUGAAGAAGGCCUACUACAACAUGCUCAUCAGGCCGGAGCGACUGGGAAAGGACGUCCGUCUGCUGAUCCUGGAGCACCGCCGCUGGUCCGUCAUCCAGAAGUACCAGGUCCUUAACGCCGGGCUGACCGUGGAGAACCUCACCACCUUCGUGACGGCGCUGAAGGCGGAGCUUUACGUGGAGGGGCUGGUGCAGGGGAACUUCACCAGCGCGGAGUCCCGAGAGUUCCUGCAGUUCUUCACCGAGAAGCUGCAGUUCCAGCCUCCGCCUGCAGAGGCCCCCGUCUCCUUCCAGGUGGUGGAGCUGCCCGAGAAAAACCUUCUGUGUAAAGUGAAAUCUCUGAACAGAGGAGACGCCAACUCGGAGGUCACCGUGUACUUCCAGUCGGGGCUGAAGACGCUCAGAGAUCACGCCCUGAUGGAGCUGAUGGUGAUGCACAUGGAGGAACCCUGCUUCGACUUCCUCAGAACCAAGGAGACGUUGGGGUACCAGGUGUACCCCACCUGCAGGAACACCUCCGGGGUGCUGGGAUUCUCCGUCACCGUUGAGACGCAGGCAACCAAGUUCAGCUCGGAGUUCGUGGAGGCCAAGAUUGCAGAGUUCCUGGAGUGUUUCGGCAAGCGUCUGUCGGCCCUGAGCGAGGAGGCCUUCCGGACCCAGGUGACGGCUCUCAUCAAGCUGAAGGAGUGCGAGGACGCCCACCUGGGCGAGGAGGUCGACCGCAACUGGUUCGAGGUGGUGACGCAGCAGUACGUCUUCCACAGACUCAACAAAGAGAUUGAGGUCCUGAAGCUGUUCACCCAGGAGGACCUGGUGUCCUGGUUCCAGAAGCACCAGGGGAGCAGGAAGCUCAGCGUUCAUGUGGUGGGGUUCGGGGUGGAGGAGCAGGACCCCCCCGAGCAGAGCUCCGUUGGCAGCGACCCCCCCUCCUCGGCCUACGGAGAGGUGAGCCAGCUCACCUUCCUCCCAGUCCUGUCGCCGGCUCUGCAGGAUGCCCAGCUCAUCACCGACAUCAGAGCCUUCACCUCCUCCCUGCCCCUGCACCCCUACCAUAAAAUCCUGGGCUAGACCCCCACCCCCCCCACAGCAGCGUUACCAUGGCAACGUGGAUUUGUACAAUGCUGCGUUCACUUCCUUUGGAAGAUCUGGAGUGUCGUAGUGUGUGUUCUUGUGGCGUGUGUCGGCAACCACAGAAACGUGGUGGAUUUUAAUGUGUGUGAAAGUCUUUGGGGAGGGGGGGGGGCAUGCUGAUCAUUCCCAGGGGAAGUGAACGCAGCAUGAAGACUCAGGGCUCUGGUUAAGAACCACAGACGUCCGUUUGUCCAUCACUGAUAGCAAAAACAUGUCCUUCAGAUGUCACUGUUUGACUGAAAUAAAAGAUGCAACAUUUGUCCUGAAGGUGGCGUCACGUUGUCAGACUUUCAUCACCACAUUCCAAACAAAACCAGACCGUCACCAUAGCAACCAGCUGCUGCAUGCUACCAACUCUGGCCUGUUGGUGCUUCAAAGCCUCCACAGAUUGUAACGGUGUGAAGAUGACCACUCUGACACAAAAACGUUUGAGAAAGAAACUUCACUGUGGCUCGCGGUAGACGCUCACGUAGACGUGCUACUGAGGAGCUGUCACUCAUGUAACCACGCCCCCAAUCCUGCACACAUCUGUAGUCUUAUAUAGACUGAAACUGUUUUUUCUGAAGAACUGCAGGUCUGGAUCCAGACCCUGGUGGUCAGUGGAGGAACUGCAGGUUUGGGGAUUUCUAAAUCUGAAUCAUUUUUGAAAACCAAAUGUUGGAUGUCGGCAGCUGGUUGA